GGAGGCGGUUGUGUGGGGAGGCGUGGCCCCCGGAGCUGAAGAUGGACUGGGACAGCUGAUGGACAAACGUGUCUGGCUGUCAGCGUCGGGCAACACAAAGCUCGGAGACAUGGACUCGGACAAGAUGUUUCAUCCCAGCCUGGCGGCGGCGUUGAUGAAGUUGGAUCCCGAAGACGGCGAGAAGAUGAUGGAGUAUUUCCAAACCCAGGCGUUGCUCACCAGAGAGAAAGCCCUCCUGCAGGCGUCCGUGCGCGAGCAGAAGAAGCUGCUGGUGGAAAACGGCAAACUGAAGAAGGACAUCGAGCAGCUGAGGCGCGAGCUCCACGACAAACAGAGAAGACGCGGCGCUAAGGCCCUCCUCUCACCCAGCAAACCUGCCAACCCGCCACCGUCGCAGACCGCCAGCGAGGCGACUCGCAGGAGAAGACGAGACAAGAAAGCUGCUCCUGAAGCGCCCCCUCUCGAGGCGGCGCCCGCAGUCGACGUGUCGCGCCUCGACCUGAGAGUCGGGCGCGUCCUCGCCGUUCGCCGCCACCCGCUAGCGGCCGAUCUGACCGUUCGAGACGUAGACACGGGAGAGAAGGCCCCCCGCACGGUCGUCAGCAAGUGCCGGCCGGACGACCCAACGAGCUCGCUGGCCGUGUUGCUCUGCAACGUCAAGGCCUGCAAAGUGAAGGGCGUGGCUUCGCAGGCCCGCCUCCUGCGCUGCUUUCGGCCCGACGGUCCGGCCGAGCUGCUGGCCCCGCCCGCGGGCUCCGCCCCCGGAGACAGAGUCACCUUCCUCAACUACCCUGGUGAACCUGAGCCGGAGCUGCAGGCCAAGCAGCGCGUGUGGGAGCACGUUCAGCCGGGCCUCCGGGUGGACGCCCGCGGCGUGGCCAACUACAACGGCUGCGGCUUCCAGGUGAAGGGGAAAGGCCUGUGCAGGGCACCGACCCUCACCAACUGCUCCAUCGGACGCACAUAGACGUGAACGACGCCGUUCGAUGACAU